ACACAGAGCCUUCACAGGUGUAUCGUGUGCUUGCACUGACUCAUUGAUAGAGAUGAAGUCGAGUCAAAAGUGAGUAGAAGAGAGACUGCACAGAUGCCUCCAAAGAAAAAAAGCGAUCUAGCAAUUUCGGUUGAAGAAGUAGGGAUGGAGGUCGAUGCUACUGACAGUGGAAGUGAAGAUGAGGCCAGGAGGAGAAGUAGAAACAGAAGAGUCAAACCCCAGCGUAAAGUCAAAUGUGUGAGUGAUGAUGAUGAAGAUGAGGAGGAGGACGAGGCACCAAGGAAGAGAGGACGAAAGAAGAGGGCCAAACCCCAGGACAGCGAUGAAGAUGACGAGGAAGACAAGAGGAGUGUUAAAAAUAAAGGAUCAAAAGCUCCCAGGAGCAGAGCUGCCAAGGUGGAGAGAGAAGACGACAGCGAAGAUGAGCGGGAGACCAAGAAAAAAGCGGGGAAAGCAGUGCCCAAAAAGGAGAAAGAAGAGAAGAAUUUAGAGAAGAAGGGAAACGUUAAGGGUAAAGAAGAAAAGGAAAAAGAUGCUGAAAAGAACAAGAAAAAGAAGAAAGGGAAGCUAAGCAGCUCCUCCUCUGAUUCUUCCUCCUCUGAUUCUGCUGAAGAAUCGCUCUCAGAGGGAGAAAUUGAGGCGCUGAAAGAGCAGGUAGAGGAGAAGAAGCAGCUGAUCGCUACGCUAAGGAACAAACCCUGGCGCAUGAAGAGGAGACUCUUAAUGCUCAAGGAGGCUCAGGACUUUGUUGAAAAGUUUGAAGGGGCUUUGGGGAAAGGAAAAGGCAGGAAGUUCUAUGCCUUCAAAGUUAUGAUGACCAAGAAACUAAUCAAGUUUAAACGUGAUUUCGAAAACUUCAAAACAGCCUGCAUACCCUGGGAGAGGAAGAUAAAGGAAGUGGAAAGUCACUUUGGAUCGUCUGUGGCCUCUUAUUUUAUUUUCCUGAGGUGGAUGUACACUCUGAACCUGGUCCUGUUUGGGUUCCAGUUCGGCCUGGUAGUGCUGCCUGAGAUCAUGAUGGGGCUGCCUUACGGCUCCAUUCCCAGGAAAACGGUGCCUCGAGAAGAGCAGGCCACAGCCAUGGAUUUGUCUGUGCUCCUUGACUUUGGUGGAUACUCCCAAUACUCCUUCUUGUUCUACGGCUAUUACAACAAUGAGAAAAUGAUUGGGCUGCUGAAGUUCAGGCUCCCUUUGUCUUACCUGCUUGUUGGCAUUGGAAUCUUCGGAUACAGCCUGAUGGUUGUCAUUAAAUCGAUGGCACGCAAUGCGAAUGAAGGUGGAGACGGGUCUGAUGAGGGAGACUUCAUCUUCAGCUGGAAGAUGUUCACCAGCUGGGACUACCUGAUUGGAAACCCGGAGACUGCGGACAACAAGUAUGCGUCCAUCACCACCAGCUUUAAGGAAUCUAUUGUGGAUGAACAGGAGAACCAGAAGGAUGAGAACAUCCAUCUCCGGCGGUUCCUCAGGGUUCUAGCCAACUUUCUAAUUUUGUGGUGCCUUGGAGGAAGUGGAUACCUCAUCUACUUUGUGGUAAAACGUGGCCAGAUGUUUGCUCAGAUGAACAAAGAGGAUCUGACGUGGUUUCAAAAGAACGAGGUGGAGUUUGUGAUGUCUCUGCUGGGGCUGGUGUGUCCUCCUCUGUUUGAAACGAUAGCAGAGUUGGAAGAUUAUCACCCUCGUAUCGCCCUCAAAUGGCAGCUGGGACGCAUCUUCGCCCUUUUCCUGGGAAACCUUUACACCUUCCUUUUUGCCCUGUUUGAUGACGUUAAUGAAAAGUUACAGAACGAGAAAUUAAUCAAGAAUGCCACUGAGUGGGCUUUGCAGGAGUACCAGGCCAACUACACGGCCUACUUCAACACCACCGCGGUGCCUCCCCAAGUUGUGAACCCAGCUGAUGUCAUCAGAGGACCCUGCUGGGAGACUGCAGUGGGAAUAGAAUUUAUGAAGCUGACUGUCUCAGAUAUACAAGUGGCUUAUUUAAUGAUCCUGAUUGGUGACUUUGGACGGGCAGUCUUAGUCCGCUUCCUCAAUUACUGCUGGUGCUGGGACUUAGAGGCUGGAUUUCCUUCAUAUGCAGAGUUUGCCAUUAGUGACAAUGUGCUGGGGCUUGUCUUCAACCAAGGAAUGAUAUGGAUGGGAGCAUUUUAUGCUCCAGGUCUGGUGGGACUGAACAUUUUGCGUCUCCUGAGCUCGAUGUACUACCAGUCCUGGGCAGUGAUGGCCUGUAACAUUCCUCAUGAGCGGGUUUUUAAGGCCUCGCGCUCCAACAACUUCUACAUGGGCUUGCUGCUGCUUGUGCUUUUUCUCAGCCUGCUUCCAGUCGUUUACACCAUCAUGACCAUGUCGCCAUCCUUCGACUGUGGGCCGUUCAGCGGUCAGGACAAAAUGUAUAAUGUGGUCAUGGACACUAUAAACCAAGAUCUACCAUCGUUCAUAAGCAACAUUUUCUCAUAUGCCACCAACCCUGGAGUCAUCAUGCCUGCUGUUCUCCUUAUGGUAUUGGCCAUCUACUACCUGAAUUCUGUGUCUAAGGGAUACCAGCAAGCAAACAAAGACCUGAAAAAGAAGAUGCAGAUAGCUCGAGAUGAGGAGAAGAACCGCAGGAACAACAAAGACAGCACCAAUCAAGUGAUGAAAGACUUGGAGGACCUGUUGCCAAACAAGUCUCUCAUACCACCCCCCGCUGAGGAAGAGGAAGAGACUCCAAUAGAUGUCGUGGUUUCAAAGGGCAAGAAGUCUCUUAAAACAAAGCAAGGAGCAAAGCAGGAUGGGGUAAAUUUGGAAAGAGAUGUGUCACUGGCUGCUCCGAACCCCAGAGCGCCAGUGACCCACGGCCCACGGCCCAGAGAAAGGCCUCCUGUAAAUACCAGGGGACCUCUACCCGGCCCAGGGAGAGGCCGAGGCCGGGGCGGUCCCCCGAGGUAACAAGAGACAUGUCAUGGACCCGAGUCCAGAUGGACAACUAGCCAGGAACAACAGGUGUCUAUUGACUGCUGCUGUCAUAGUCCUGCAUUAUGGAUGAAUGGUUUGCCGGAAUAAUUGGACAUAAUUAGUCAUUGAACAUUUCUGUCAUUUAACAGAAAGAAAUUUUUUAUCAUAAUAGUUUAUUGAUACAGUAAUAAUUAAGUCUAAC